AUGAAUCAUAGAUACAUUUUCCUUCUACAAGUUAUUUAAAACAUCUGGUGGAUUGCUGAAAUGUUAUUUAUUAAAAAGUCAUCAAAUUACACAUAUUACUUUUUGUGUUCAUUAUGCAUAACAACAAGGCUGCUUGCCUCUAUAGUGUACCUCAAAAAGCAUUAGAAGCAUGACCGAUUUAAUCUCAUAACAACAUUAGCCAAUAAUGUUUGCUAUACUGAGGCCAAUAUUAACUUUGAAAGCAAGAAUUUAUAUUUAAAUCAUAUCAACACUUUAAUCAUCCUUUUAAAUUAUAUAGAGAGCUAAACACUAAUAAAAAAUUAAACUCUAGACCUGUUAUCAAGAUUCGCAUUUCCCACUUAUGUCUUAAUAAGAUUGAUCUCCUUAAUAUUCAUACAGUUUGAUAUCUAAUUAUGUGAAGCUGCCUCUUUAAUGGCCUUAUUUUUGUUAGUGUAUUUUUCAAAUUAGAAUGUCUCUAUAAAUUCAACACAAUCAAAUCCAAAGUUAGAUCAAUCAUUAUAAAAUUGUUCAGCUUCUUUACAUUAAUCAUAAGUUAAGUAAGAAAAGCGGCUAACUUAAAAUUCAAAUAAGAUGAUCCUCUAUCCUGAAAAAGGUUCAUAACCUAGAAAUAGUAUUUAAAUUAACAUUAAAGAUUCUUAUAGAGAAGAAAGUGCACCUAUACCUACAUUUCAUUCUAAACUAAAACCAGGUUUUAAAAGCUAAUAUUCACAUUUAAUAGUUGAUAGAAAUGAUUCUUAAUUGUAAAAUUUCUAUUAAAAUCUUGUCAAUGUUUUACCAGAAGGAGUUUUGAUGUUAAAUAAGUUUUAGUAAAUUCAAUUUAUUAGUUCAAAAUGUGAAAAGUUAUUAGAAUGUGAUGGAAAAGAACGAGUAUUGGAAUAUAUCAAAAAAUGUUUAGCUAAUUGUGAUUUACCUGAUGAAGUUUAAUCUUUAACUAAAACAAAGGGUAAAUUAACUUAAAGAGUUUUAGAAGAAAUAAUCAGAAUUUAUAAAUAAAAUAGUCAAGAUUUAGACAUUUUUGAUGUUUUAUUAAAUCCAAAUAAAUAUAUCUAACCAUUAUUUUUAGGAUAAAAUGGAUCAUUUGAAUAAGAGAGAAGUAGUUCUGGAUCAAUUUAUUUUUCUGAUCCUUCCUUAUUAUAGGAACAUACUUUUUGUUUUGAAGGUUCAAUUGAUAAAGAGAAAUGUGAUCAAUCAAAAAAACUCAAAUUUAUUUUAGUUUAAACUUAAAUGACAUUAAGUUAAUAAGAAGCUAUCUCAUAAAGUGGUUUGACUAAUUCAAAAAAGUAAAAUUCUAAUGAUAUACCUUAACCUAUGCUUCUUAUAUUAAUUAAGAAUACUACUCAUAAAAAUAGAGUAAGAGAAUUGAAAAAGGAAAGAUUAAUUAAUAAUUCACUUUUGAAGUCUUUUUCACAUGAAUUAAGAACUCCUUUAAAUAGUUGUUAAUAUAUGCUUAAUUUAAUUAAGGAAGUUUCAAAAGAUGAACUUAUACAGUAAUAUUUAAAUACAGCAUAAAGUUCAAUUAAAUUAUUAAUUUAUUAAAUUAAUGAUAUUUUAGAUUUUGCUGCCAUGUAAUCAAAGACUUUUUCUUAUCAUACAACAACAUUUAGUAUUAAAGAUCUCAUUUAAGAGAUCAAAGAAUUGUAUGAUUAACAAGUAAGUUAUAAAAAUAUCAAACUAGAAAUCGAAUAUGAUCAAAUUUUAUUAAAUCAAUUUUUUAUUAAUGACAAACAAAGAAUUAUGCAAGUCUUAGUUAACUUAUUAAAUAAUUCAUGUAAAUUUACUAAACCUACUGGUGAAAUAUAUUUAUCAUUUAGAUAAAUGAAAGGUAAUUUGAUUGAAGUUUCUGUUCGAGAUGAUGGAAUUGGAAUUUAAUCAAAUAAACUUGAAUAAAUUAGAAAAACCUUCUGUAAACCUUCUUCUAAAAUAUCUUAUGAUUCUGGUCUUGGAUUUGGUUUGAAAAUAUCUGGAAAAAUUGUUAAAGGAUUAACAUAUAAUAAAACAUAUUUAGAUAUUAAUUCUAGUAUUAAUAAUGGAACUUAAGUCUCUUUUGUAUUUUAAAAUUAAGAAAUUAUGAAUUAAGAAUGUUUAUUAUCACCAUAAUAAAGUAAUAUUACUGGAAGAUUUGAAAUAUUAUCUCCAGCUUCUUCUUCCCAACUUAUUCCAAGAUCAGAGUUAUCUUAAUCUUUAAUGAAAGGAUUACAGUAGAAAUUUGAGAAUCCCUAAAAUGAAUCAACUUUUGUAAAAGAGCAUUUAGAAAGUCCAAGAAUUAAUGAAGAUUAAUCAAAUUCAGUGAUUAUUCCUACAAGUUCUUAUCAUUUUAAAACAAAUCUUACUUAAACAUAAAAGAAAUAAGGUUCAUUAUUAUCUUUUUAAAUAAAUUCCAAUAAUUGUGAAAAUUGCUCUUAAAUAUUAAUAGUUGAUGAUAUUCCAUUUAAUUAAAUUGCAUUCAUUCAAAUGUUAAAUCAUUUUAAAAUAAAAGCAGAAUCUGCAUUUGAUGGGUACUAAGCAAUUGAAAUGGUAAAAUAAAAAUUGACAAAACAUUGCAAGUUCUAUAGAUUAAUAUUUAUGGACAUUGAAAUGCCAGGACAAAAUGGUUUUUAAACCUCUAAAAUUGUAAAACUAAGUUUAUAACUAGAUCUCAUAAAUUCAUGGUGUCUAAUCUAUAAUUGUUAUGUGUUCUGCAUAUGAUACUCUUGAAAAUUAUAAUUUUGCUUAAUAAGUUGGUAUAACUGAAUUCUUACCAAAACCUGUUAAUAAAAAAGACUUAGAUAAAAUCUUAAAAAAGUAUUUAUUCAAAAUAUGA